AUGGCCGACAUCAAGACGGGCAUCUUCGCCAAGAACGUCCAGAAGCGACUCAACCGGGCGCAGGAAAAGGUCCUUCAGAAGCUUGGGAAAGCUGAUGAGACAAAAGACGAACAGUUUGAAGAAUAUGUCCAGAACUUCAAACGGCAAGAAGCAGAGGGUACCAGACUUCAACGAGAACUCCGGGGAUAUUUAGCAGCUAUCAAAGGCAUGCAGGAGGCCUCCAUGAAGCUCACUGAGUCACUCCAUGAAGUCUAUGAGCCGGACUGGUACGGGCGAGAAGAUGUGAAAAUGGUUGGUGAGAAAUGUGAUGUACUGUGGGAAGACUUCCAUCAAAAACUAGUGGAUGGGUCCUUGCUGACACUGGAUACCUAUCUGGGCCAGUUUCCUGACAUAAAGAAUCGCAUUGCAAAGCGGAGCAGGAAGCUCGUGGAUUAUGACAGUGCCCGCCACCAUCUAGAAGCUCUGCAGAGCUCCAAAAGGAAGGAUGAGAGUCGGAUCUCUAAGGCAGAAGAGGAAUUUCAGAAAGCACAGAAAGUGUUUGAAGAGUUUAACGUCGACUUACAAGAAGAGUUACCAUCAUUAUGGUCAAGACGAGUUGGAUUUUAUGUCAAUACUUUCAAAAAUGUCUCUAGCCUCGAGGCCAAAUUCCAUAAGGAAAUUGCAGUGCUCUGCCACAAACUGUACGAAGUGAUGACGAAACUGGGAGAUCAGCAUGCCGACAAGGCCUUCUCCAUUCAAGGAGCCCCCAGCGAUUCAGGUCCUCUCCGCAUUGCAAAGACGCCCUCUCCACCCGAGGAGCCUUCACCCGUUUCGAGCCCGGUAGCUAGUCCGAAUCAUACGCUAGCACCUGCGUCUCCUGCACCAGUGCGGCCUAGGUCACCUUCACAGACAAGGAAGGGGCCUCCUGUCCCACCUCUGCCUAAAGUCACCCCAACAAAGGAACUGCAGCAGGAAAACAUCAUCAACUUCUUCGAGGAUAACUUUGUUCCAGAAAUCAGUGUGACUACGCCUUCCCAGAAUGAAGUCCCUGAAGUGAAGAAAGAGGAGACUUUGCUAGAUCUGGACUUUGACCCGUUCAAGCCUGAGGCAGCAUCCGUGGGUUCUGUUGGUGUGACCCACUCACCCAUGUCUCAGACAUUGCCCUGGGACCUAUGGACGACAAGCACUGAUUUUGUACAACCGGUCUCUGGUGGUUCAUUUAAUGGAUUUACCCAGCCCCAGGAUACAUCAUUAUUCACAGUACAGACAGACCAGAGUAUGAUCUCUAACGUGGCUGAAUCUGAACAGGCUCCACCCACAGAGCCGAAAGCAGAGGAGCCCCCUGCUGCUGCUACUCCAGCUGUUGGACUGGAACCUGGACUGAACACUCAGGCUGAGGAGCCAGUGGAGGAGGCAGUGGUUGUGCCUGGAACUGACGUUGAUGUGGCUGCUGGAACCUUGGCGUUGACAGCUGAGGGCGCCCCAGUGGAGGAAGCAGAGACAGAGAAGGCAGCUCUCCCUGCAGAGCAAGGAAUAAAUUUAGAGGAGGCCAAAGCCGAUACUGAAACCACAGAGGCUGUGGAUAGUGACAGACCUCUUCCAGAAGAAACAGAGGUAGCAGUGCCUCAGGAGAAGGUCAUCCCUUCUGUGGUCAUAGAGCCCGCUUCCAACCACGAAGGGGAGGGAGAACAUGACAUAACCAUCAGCGCAGAAGCCAAAGAGGCAACUGAUGAGGCAGCUCUCCCAGGCUCCACCAGCGAGACAGUGCCUGCCACGGAGCAGAAGACCCUGGAGGACGCUCCACCCGCCCCCUCGGCACAGGCUGGAGAUGCUGACCAGUCAGGACCUGUACGCGACGCCUCUCAGGAAUUGCCCCCCGGCUUUCUCUAUAAGGUGGAAACACUGCAUGACUUUGAGGCAGCAAAUUCUGAUGAACUUAACUUACAAAGGGGUGACGUGGUGUUGGUGGUCCCAUCGGACUCAGAAGCUGACCAGGACGCAGGCUGGCUGGUGGGAGUGAAGGAGUCAGACUGGCUUCAGUUCAGAGACCUUGCCACCUACAAAGGCCUCUUCCCAGAGAACUUCACCCGGCGCCUGGAUUAG